AUGUGGUUGAUUCUACUCAUAUGUUGCCCAUUAAUGAGCUUCACCGCUAGACCACGGCUCAAUCUUUGCGAUAUAAGAACGCAUGAACAGUUUGAAAGAAUGAGCAACUGUACACAUUUGCGUCUCAGCGUGGAUGACGAUCGCAUCAUGCAGCAUCCGAAUCUUUUCGAAAAAUUAAGAACGGUAACUACAAUACUUAAACUAAAAUUGUUCAAUACAAGCCUAACUCAGAUUACCGAUGCCCAGCUAGUGGAAUUACCUAAGGAUUCAUCGCUUGACAUUUUCGAUAAUCCUCUUCUGGAAAAACUACCGAACUUCACCAUUGUUGAUGGAAGAAGAGUGAAGCUUUUUAUUUUGAACAAUCACAGAUUGGACACGUCUCAGUUGUUGGAAGAAUGUAAAAAGAAACGUUGUGAUCCGGGUACAUUCAGAACAAUUCAAAUGCCGUUCACAUGUUCCUAUCGACAACCGUUACCAUACGAUUGCCGAUUCAUUUUCGACAAUAUCGAUCUCAAAGAGACCGAUAAUCGAUCACUUGAUCAAAUCGAAGUGGUUUACGGAACAUUAACACUCAGAGGAAGCAAUCUUACGUCAUUUCCACGAUUGAAAAAUCUUCGACAAUUAGGACAGAACAGUGGCAUGCCGAUGCUGGUCAUUGAAAACAAUCCAAAGCUCACAGAUUUGACGGCACUUUUUGAGCUUAACAUGAAAGUUGACGAUAUGAGGACUGCGAUUGCAAUUUCUGGCAAUCCAAAGUUGUGUAUUGGAAAGAAACAAGCAAAGGAACCGUUCGUCAUCAAGUAUCUAACCACUGUCGAUUCCUGCAAGACAUCUACCAGACUAGGCGCACACUUAAUCAAGCUCGUCAUGAUCCACUUAUUCAUGAUGUUUUCUAUGGAAAUUGUUUAA